GCGGGGACACGGCCCGGCUCCGGGGACACGGCCCGGCUCAGGGCAGCGGGGGUUUGCUACAGCCACACCGGGAGGUGCCGGGGUAAGGGCGGAUCCCAGCCCCGGUGCCCGGCUUCACCCGCGUUCUCCGCCCGCCCGGGCGCCGCUGUGGGCAUGGAGGAGGGACGGCGGCGAGCGCAGCGCUGGGCUUGUGGCUCUGGGGAUCCUCGGCUCUGCCUUGGCCCUGAGGCGUGCUGACCAUGCUGACCCCACCCGAGACCCCCGUGCAGCAGGAGCACGCGUAGGGUUUGCUGUGCAGAUCCAUGGAGCCGGACCCCCAUGCCAGCAUGCAGGUGGGGAUGAGGGUUGUGCGUGGAGUGGACUGGAAGUGGGGCAGCCAGGACAGCGGCGAGGGCAACGUGGGCACCGUGGUGGAGAUCGGCCGCACGGGCAGCCCCACCACGCCCGACAAGACCGUGGUGGUGCAGUGGGACCAGGGCAACAGGACCAACUACCGCACGGGCUUCCAGGGCGCCUACGACCUGCUGCUCUACGACAACGCCCAGAUAGGUGUCCGUCACCCCAACAUCAUCUGUGACUGCUGCAAGAAGCACGGCAUCCGCGGCAUGAGGUGGAAGUGCAAGCUGUGCUUCGACUACGACCUGUGCACGCAGUGCUACAUGAACAACAAGCACGACCUGGCGCACGCCUUCGAGCGCUACGAGACCGCGCACUCCCAGCCGGUCCUCGUGAGCCCUCGGCAGAACCUGACUCGCAUCACCCUGAAAGGGACUUUCCAGGGGGCUAAAGUGGUCCGUGGGCCUGACUGGGAGUGGGGCAACCAGGAUGGGGGUGAGGGCAAGACCGGCCGCGUGGUCGAUAUCCGGGGCUGGGACGUGGAGACAGGCCGCAGCGUCGCCAGCGUCACCUGGGCCGACGGAACCACCAACGUCUACAGGGUGGGCCACAAGGGAAAAGUGGACCUCAAAUGUACUGUGGAGGCUUCUGGGGGCUUCUACUACAAGGAGCACCUCCCAAAAUUAGGGAAACCAGCAGAGCUGCAGAGGAAGGAGAGCACAGACAGACACCCCUUCCAGCACGGGGACAAGGUGAAGUGCCUGCUGGACAUCGACAUCCUGCGGGAGAUGCAGGAGGGCCACGGGGGCUGGAAUCCCAAAAUGGCUGAGUUCAUCGGGCAGACGGGGACGGUGCACAGGAUCACGGACAGGGGCGACGUGAGGGUGCAGUUCAACAGUGACACCCGCUGGACCUUCCACCCCGGAGCCCUGACCAAGCUCAACACCUUUUGGGUUGGUGAUGUGGUCCGGGUGAUAGAUGAUAUGGAAACGGUGAAGCGCUUCCAACCUGGUCAUGGGGAGUGGACAGAUGAGAUGGCACCUACCCUGGGGCACAUUGGGAAGGUGAUCAAGGUCUAUGGAGAUGGAGAUCUGCGAGUGUCAGUGGGGGGACAGUCCUGGACCUUCAACCCUGCCUGCCUGACAGCCUACCAGAGGGAGGAGGAGGCCAACCUGAUGACCACAGAGAGUGCCAAGGAGCCCAAAAGUACUUUGGUGACUGUCCUGGAGAAGCUGCUGUCCCAGAGGACAGAGUCAGAGCAUGCAGGGUGCCUGGUCAUUUGUGCAGCCCUCAACAAUGCAGCUAAAAUCCGGGAGCUCCUCCAGAAAUACCCAGACAAGGUGGAUGCCAAGAACCAGGGCAGGACUGCCCUGCAGAUUGCCUCCUACCAGGGGCACCUGGAGGUGGUGAGGGCUCUGCUGCAGGCUCAUGCCAACGUGGACCUGCGAGACGACGAGGGGGACACGGCGCUGCACUACGCAGCCUUUGGAAACCAGGCAGAAGUUGCCCGUGUGCUGCUGGCCAAGGGGGCCAGUGCAGACCUGCUGAACAAUGCCAAGUGCACAGCCCUGUUUGUCGCUGUCAGCCAGGGCUUCACCGAGGUGGUGAGAGCCCUCUGUGAGCUCAACUGUGAUGUCAACCUCCCAGAUUCCCAGGGAGACACCCCCCUGCAUUAUGCCAUCACCCUGGACUACAGAGUGGUGAUUGAGAUCCUCACUGAAGUUCCCAACAUCGAUUUCACUGUCCAGAACUGUCAAGGCUUCAACCUACUCCACUAUGCUGCCCUGAAAGGCAACAAGCUAGCCAUCAAGAAGAUUCUGGCCAGGGCUCGACAACUGGUGGACUCCAAAAAGGAAGAUGGAUUCACUGCCCUGCACCUUGCUGCUCUCAACAACCACAUGGAAGUGGCUGAAAUUCUCAUCAAAGAGGGUCGCUGUGAUGUGAACGUGAAGAACAGCAGGAAGCAGAGCCCCCUGCACCUGGCAGUGAUCCAGGGCCACGUGGCCAUGGUGCAGCUGCUGGUGAGCCAGGGCAGCGAUGUCAACGCCGAGGAUGAGGAUGGUGACACCGCCAUGCACAUGGCCCUGGAGCGGCAGCAGCUCUUGGCCCUGGCCCUGGAGAAGAGGGACGGGGAGAUGGGAGCCACCCUCCUGGCCAAGCUGCAGGCUUCUGGCUUCCUGGGGAAUGUGGAGCUGAACGUUGGGACUGCCAUUGCCUGCUACCUGGCACAAGAAGGAGCAGACAUUAAUUAUGCAAAUCAUCGGGGAAAAUCUCCUUUGGACCUCACCACAGAUGGGAGGAUUGUCCAGAUCAUCAAAGACUUCUCACAGAAAUUCAGGGAUCGGCAGGUUUGCUCUGAGAGCUCCACCAUCACCUGCAGCCUUCGGCGCGUGCACACCACGCCCAACACCAUCACCAACCUCAGCGUGUCCAGCGCCGCCGCGCCCUCCGAGUGCCUGGUCUGCUCGGAGCUGGCCCUGCUCAUCCACUUCUUCCCCUGCCAGCACAGCAUCGUCUGUGAGGAGUGCUCCAGGAGGAUGAAGAAGUGCAUCAAAUGUCAAGUGACAAUAACCAAAAAGCUGAAACAAGACAGCACGGAGGUGGAGUGCAGCCCCAGCUCGGAGUGCACGGAGCAGAGGAAGCUGAUGGAGGAGCUGCAGAGCCGCUACCGGCAGAUGGAGGAGAGGAUCACCUGCCCCAUCUGCAUCGACGACCAGAUCAAGCUGGUGUUCCAGUGCGGGCACGGCUCCUGCCCGGACUGCAGCACGGCGCUGACCGUGUGCCCCAUCUGCCGCCAGGCCAUCCGCGAGAGGAUCCACAUCUUCGUCUGAGGGAGGAUCCGCACCUUCGUCUGAGGGAGGAUCCACAUCUUUGUCUGAGGGAGGAUCCGCAUCUUCGUCUGAGGGAGGAUCCACAUCUUUGUGUGAGGGAGGAUCUGCAUCUUUGUGUGAGGGAGGAUCUGCAACUUUGUGUGAGGGAGGAUCCACAUCUUCGUCUGAGGGAGGAUCCACAUCUUUGUGUGAGGGAGGAUCCACAUCUUUGUGUGAGGGAGGAUCCACAUCUUUGUGUGAGGGAGGAUCCACAUCUUUGUCUGAGGGAGGAUCUGCAUCUUUGUCUGAGGGAGGAUCCACAUCUUCGUCUGAGGGAGGAUCCAUGUCUUUGUGUGAGGGAGGAUCCACAUCUUCGUGUGAGGGAGGAUCUUCGUCUGAGGGUCUGCUCCUCCCUGUGCCCCAUCUGCCACCAGGCCAUCCAGGAGAGGAUCCACAUGUUUGUCUGAGGGUCUGCUCCUCCCUCCAUCCACGAGAGGAUCCACAUCUUUGUCUGAGGGAGGAUCCACGUCUUUGUCUGAGGGAGGAUCCACAUCUUCAUCUGAGGAUCUGCUCCUCCCUGUGCCCCAUCUGCCUCCAGGCUGUCCGGGAGAGGAUCCACAUCUUUGGAUCCUCGUCUUAGGCUGAGGAUGCUGCUCCUCCCCUGCCCUGACCCUGUGCCCCAUCUGCCCAGGAGAGGAUCCACAUCUUCAUCUGAGGGUGCUGCUCCUCUCUGGCCCUGACUGUGCCCCAUCUGCUGCCAGGCCAUCCCGAGAGGAUCCACAUCUCUGUCCAAGGAUGCUGCUCGUCCCCGUGUCUCAUCUGCCCUGGAGAGGAUCCACAUCUUCGUCUGAGGAUGCUGCUCCUCCCCAGCCCCUGCCCUGCCAUUCUUCCUCCCUCUGCAGGGGUUUGGCUCCCUGGGAGAAGGAGGGAAGCACAGGAGGGAUGUGCCAGAGGAGGAGGAGGAGGAGGAGGAGGAAGAGGAGUCUCCUCUGGGGUGUCCCUCCCUCACCUGUGCUGCUCAUCCACCAUCAGCACCGGACCGAGCACGCGGCAGAGCUGGGCUGGACAUGGACAGACCCUGGGCUGACCAUGAACAGAUCCUGGGGUGUCCCAGAGCUGAACAGAUCCUGGAAUGUUCCAGGGCAGAACUGAGCAGAUCCUGGGGUGCUCCAGAGCUGAACAGAUCCCUGAGGUGUCGCAGAGCUGAGCUGAAGAGAUUCUGGAAUUCUCCAGAGCUGAGCAGAUCCCUGGAAUGUCCCAGAGCUGAUCCUGGGAUGCUCCAGAACUGAACAGGAACAGAUUCCUGGAACGUUCCAGAGCAGAGCUGAACAGAUCUCUGGGGUGCUCCAGAGCUGAGCAGACCCUGGAAUGUUCCAGAGACACCCAGAAGUGCUCCCAGCUCCCAAGGAGGUCCCUGGGACCAGCUGAGGUGACAGGGACAGGGGGGAUGAUGUCCCCAGAGCCCCCUGGGCAGAGCUGGGUCAGGAGUCCCACAGACAGAGUGUGUGCCUUAGAGAAAAAGUAGUGAACACUGAUUGAGAUUGGAGAAAAUCUGUUACAACAAAUAUUUCUGACCUCUAAGUGACACUCUUCUUCUUCUUCUUCUUCCAUGUUUUAUUUUAUUUCAUUUCUUUUUUGGCAGAGCCGUGUGUUGAGAGACUCCUGAGCUUUCUAUCCAUAAUGCCAAAGGCAGGUGUUCAAUACUCCAAUCAAGGUGUAAAGAAAAUAAACAGUAAUAAUUAAGAUACGAGGGGGAGGAGGACAAAAAAAAUAAAAAAAGGGAUUUCAUUUUUGUUUCUUUGUUUUGCAGCAAAACUUAAUAAAAUAAAAAUAUAUAUUUUCCUGAGCAUUAAAAAUGAAUGUACAAACAGUAGCUGUAUUGUUUUCCAGCUGAGUGAAGAUUUAUCACCCACUCAGUGAUCCUGUAAAGUGAAUUUUGGUGGAAGUGUGGCUGUUUGUCUGGGUGCCCAAACCUCCUGUUUGUUACAUAUUGGAAGCAAUAUUUAAACAAACAAAACAAAACAAAA